AUGGUCUCUAUAUUUAUCCUCCUUUAUGCAGAAAAUUGGCAAGAACUUGUUCAAAGAAUUAAGUCCAAGGGCAUGAAGCCAGGUGUGGCAUUAAAGCCCGGAACACCAAUCGAAGACGUUUAUCCUCUGGUUGAAGGUGAAAAUCCCGUGGAAAUGGUCCUUGUUAUGACUGUAGAACCUGGAUUUGGUGGACAAAAAUUCAUGCCAGAAAUGAUGGAGAAGGUGCGCACGCUGAGAGAAAGGUACCCUUCGCUAGAUAUAGAGGUAAGGUUUUUUUCCCGGGGACGAGGGGAUAUGCAUCUCAUUAGUGACAACGGCAUUACGCAGGUAGAUGGUGGCCUAGGGCCUUCAACCAUUAACACGGCAGCUUCGGCCGGAGCCAACUGCAUAGUUGCUGGAAGUUCAGUGUUUGGAGCCUCAGACCCUAGUGCAGUAAUAUCCCUUUUGAGAAGUAGUGUUGAGGAAUCUCAACACAAAAGUUGA